CAAGCUUUGUAAAGUUACUUUUUUAACAGAGAUGGGGCUGGGGCGAACCCGGAGGUGCGCGGACGAGCCCUCCUGGACACAGACCCGUCUUACUAAUGAAGUGCCAGCGCAGGAACUUCGGACUCGUUCCGGGAAAGCUGCCGGGGACCGGGCCAGGGUGGGGACGCUGGGCGGGUGCUCGCGGGCCGGGCAGGGGGGAACGCGCGCUCCGAACCGCCUGCAGGAGGAGGGGACGGGGCGUCCCGGGCGCCGGGGCCGUUCCAGUUCUUCAUUUCCCGGCUGGGCCGAGCCUCCCGCAGACUCCGCGCCGGGCACCGGCGGCGAUGGACUACGACCGCAACAAGGCGCUGCUGCUGGAGCUGCAGAGGGCGGCCGGGACCGGUAACGAUCGCUGCGCCGACUGCGGGGAGCCAGAUCCAGAGUGGGCUUCUUACAAACUUGGAAUAUUUAUUUGUUUGAAUUGUUCUGGAAUUCAUCGCAAUCUCCCCGAAAUCAGCAGAGUCAAAUCCCUUCGGCUUGACUUCUGGGAGAGCAAUUUAAUAGAGUUUAUGAGGAAUCACGGGAAUCUCUGGGCCAAAGCUAAAUAUGAGGCAAAGGUCCCUCCAUACUAUUACAUCCCCAAGUCCCAUGACUGCCUGGUUUUAAGACAGCAGUGGAUUAGAGCUAAAUAUGAGCGUGGGGAAUUUCUUGACACUGGAGUCUGCCAUGAUCCCUGUUCUGCAGGCAGCCGUGAAGGAUGCCUCUGGAAGCUUGGGAAGGGACACAGACAGUUUCAGAAGAGGCAAUUUCUCCUGUCAGCAAGGGAAGGGGUGAUGAAGUACUACAGCAAAGAAUCCAAAGGUCCAAAAGCCGUUAUCAGCGUUGAGACUCUGAAUGCCAUGUUCCAGGUGGAGAAAACAGGACACAGUCAUGGGCUGCAGAUCACAUACAUCACAGAUGGUCAAACAAGGAACCUUUUUGUCUAUCACGAAAGUGGAAAGGAGAUUGUUGACUGGUUCAAUGCUAUUCGGGCAGCACGUUACCAUUACCUCAGAACAACCUUCCCAAAUGUCCCUGAGCCUGAGCUCAUACCCAGGAUCACAAGAAAUUUCGUCAAAGAAGGAUAUAUGGAGAAAACAGGACCAAAACAGAAGGAGGCCUUUAAGGUACGCUGGUUCUGCUUGGAUUCUCAGGAAAGGAACCUGCUAUACUUUAAAAAUCCACUGGAUGCAUUUGCACAGGGCCAGGUUUUCAUCGGAAGGAGGGAUGAGGGAUAUGAAGUACGAGAUUAUUUGCCCCAGAAAGUCUGGAUGAAGAAGAAAAAGCCAGUGAUCACUUUGGUCACACCAGUGAGAGAGUUUGUGUUUAUCUGUGAGAAUGACAAGAAGCAGAGGGAAUGGAUGGAUGCCUUGAACGGAGUUAUCACCCAACCCUGAUGUCCACAGGGAGGAGCAGGCAGGCAGCUGCAUUCCACCUAGCUGCAGCUUCUGGCCAAACAAGGACAGGGCUGUUUUCAACAGAGUGGGAUGAAUGUUUCUUACAGCACUACAUUUCUGGCACAAUAAAAAACCAAGCCAA